GCGGCUGGUCGCGGGGUAUUUCUAGUCCUAGCUAAGGUGGGCAGGUACCUGAUGACGAUCAUGGAAAAAUGAACGUGUUUUGCGAUCUUGUGAUUUCUUUUGAUUCUAAUUGUAAAACCUAGUAUAAUUCCCUCAAAUAAAUUUUUUAUUCUCUAGAAUAUUAUUUACCAUUUUGUAUUUUCUACUCAAUUUUGUUUUGGCGAUAUAUACCAAAAAAGCCGAUCGCUGCUGUUAAGAAACUCUAUCUCGAUUAGACAGGGGGGGCAAAAAGGUACAUCCCAUCUAGCUCUCUCAGCUCGAAGCGGGGCGGUUACACUUAGACGGAAGUAGACAACACCACCUUCAUAUUUUUGCCUUUUCUCUUUUUCCUUCUUUUCCCGGGACGUGUCGUUUCUCUGAAGCUUCAUCCCCAAACCGAGCAAUAUGUCGGGACCCGUACCUACGGUCACUGCGCUGCAGGACAUAUACACUCAACAGGCUUUGGCCGACCAGACUGUGAGGUGGAACAAUCUACUCGACAAGUUCCACGCCCUCUAUGGAAGCCCCGCCCAAUUUGUGUCACGAUCGCCAGGUCGCGUGAAUAUCAUCGGCGAGCAUAUCGACUACUCGCUUUACUCCGUCCUACCUAUGGGAAUGACCCCCGAUGUCAUUCUCGCCGUCUCUACCGAUCUCGAACCCUCUCAAGACGGCACUUACAAGAUUAAGCUAGCGAACGUCGACAAUGAGCGAUUCCCCACCCGCGAAUUCAGCGUCUCCUACUCCGAGGUCGAAAUCGACGCCACUGUGCACGAAUGGACUAAUUACUUCAAGUCCGGAUUAAGAGGAGCUUUACAAUUGCUGAGGAAGAAAUAUGGUGCUGAUUUCAAACCAAAGAGUAUGGAGGUGUUGAUGGAUGGAACGGUGCCCGCUGGUGGUGGUCUCAGCUCUAGCGCUGCCUUUGUGAGCGCCAGCGCAUUAGCUGUCAUGAUCGCCAACGGCGAGCGUGAUGUCGACAAGAAGGCACUUACUGAGGUCGCGAUCGUAAGUGAACGAGCUGUCGGCGUUAACUCUGGAGGAAUGGACCAAUCUGCUUCAGUGUUCUCCGAACGAGGGUCGGCUCUACUAGUUUCCUUCACUCCAUCCCUCUCAGCGCGGCCGGUGUAUUUCCCUAAAACAAAUCCCGAACUUUGCUUCAUGGUCGCACAAUCAUUCGUCACAUCAAACAAGCAAGAAACUGGGCCAAUUCAUUACAAUCUCAGAGUCGUCGAAUGCAGUAUGGCAGCGGCGUAUCUGAAUGCCAAGCUAUCUCCCAAGGGAACUGAACUCCCCAAAGAUGCGGGCCCAUUAGGUGUAUCCAUUCGCGGAUUCCACCAAAACUACUUCAAAGACACACAAAAGUCAAUGCCCGAACAAUUGACCGAAUUAAUUGAGCUGACUAAGACCACGCUCACCCAAGAAGAAGGAUACACCGUAGAAGAAAUUGCCUCGGGUAUCGGUAUAUCGGUUGAAGACGUGAGGGCUCGCUUCAUGUCCAGCUUCCCGGUGCGGGGCGAACGCUUCAAGAUUCGCCAACGGGCGCUGCACGUAUUUACCGAGGCCCUGCGCGUCCUCCAAUUCUUAUCUCUUCUCGAAGAUCCGGCGCAAGCUCCCGAUUCCGAGCACACGAUUGAAUACAACGGAAGACUUGGAAAAUUGAUGAAUGAAACUCAAGACUCAUGCCGAGACCUAUAUGAAUGCAGUUGCCCCGAGAUUGACGAGCUGUGCACAAUUGCUCGUGAGGCCGGGAGUUACGGUAGCCGGCUAACGGGUGCUGGCUGGGGUGGAUGCAGCGUCCAUUUGGUACCUGCUAAUAAAAUCGAGGAUAUCAAGAAAGCGUUGCUCGAGAAGUACUAUUCUAAGCGACAACUGAGCGAAAAAGAUUUAGAGGGAGCUAUUGUUGUUAGUCGACCGAUGAACGGUAGUGCAGUUUACAAGCUCAAGGACGGAAAGAUUUAAGGGAACUAAAUAUAUACCUAGCAUUGUUA